GAGCGGUUUUCUCUCGUACGAAUCGAUGGCGGAUCCGUGAAACUUGAAUCCGCCUUUGAUACGGGGAGCCAGUAAUAUCCAUCGAUGUCGUUUGUCGCACUUCUAGAACCCCCCGAGGUCCCCCACUCCUCGGUAUGGUAGCACUCAUUAAGGCAGGCAUCAAUCGAUGCAAGGGACGAAACGAAACAUGCCUUACGUUAUCUGCGUUUUUGAUCCCUUUCUUUCAUUUUCUUCCUUUCUUCGUAUGUAUUCUCCUUCUUCCUACUAACUAGACAUCAUACCGACUACACUAUGUAUACCUAGUUUUUAUCUCCCUGGGCAGUUAGUUCAUAAUGGAUCCGCUUUCCACCACCACCAACAGCACAUUCCCGCCCCCCUCAUCCUCCGCCGACAUCAAUGGCCUCAGCCGCGCAGAUCCGGGCGAUCCGGGCUGGCGCAUCGUCGUGCCGACCGCGCUCCUAUGCUAUCUCACGCUCGUCCAAGUCCUCCGCUUCCGCGCCCUGCGCGCCCUCGAGCGCAAAUACGCAGCCUACGUCGCGGACCCGUACGCGCUGAACUACCGGCAGGCCGCCGAGGUCAUGCGUCUGCACCAGCUGCGCGACACCCCCUUCCUCUUCUACUUCGGCACCCAGUGGGCCCUCGUCAAGAGCUACGGUAUGGCCACCGGCACCCCGCUGCUUGUCAAGACGCGCCAGCUGUGCGAUCCGUCGCGCGUGGGGAGACGGGCCGAGGAUACGGCCAUUUUGCUGAUUGAGUUGCUCUGUGGCGAUUUGGAUUCCGAGAGGGGACGCAGGGCGAUGGCGAGGCUGAAUUGGAUGCAUGAGCGGUAUACGAGCCAUAUUGUUCGCGAGGACUACGUGCAUACCCUUGCGCUGUUUGUGCUCGAGCCCGCGCGCUGGAUCGAUCGGUAUGAUUGGCGCCCGGUGACGCGGAUGGAGAAGGUCGCGUAUUUGGUGUACUGGCGCGAACUUGCGCGGCGCAUGGGGUUUUUGGAGCUGGUGCCGGAGACCCUGGAGGCGUUGGAGACGUGGAAGCUGGAGUAUGAGGCUAAGCAUAUGUACUUCGUUCCGUCGAACAAGAUGGUUGCGGAGGCUACGGUUAACUUGUUCUUGAGGGGUAUGCCGACUUUCUUGCAUGGUGUGAUGAGGAGUUUGUUCGUCUCGUUUAUCGAUGAGAAGCCGGUUCGCGAGUCCUUGGGUUUUCCGGAACCGCCGAUGUGGGCGACGAUGCUGACGAAGGGGUUCUUUCGCGUGCGCGGGUUCGUGGUGCGGUAUUUCUUCCUACCGCGCGCUGUGCCUAUGGAUCCGUUGGCGCCGCAAGCUAAGGAUGGUCGUAUAUAUCGGAGCGCACAGUUUGUCGGCUUUGAGCCGUGGUAUGUGGCCGACACACUCUAUAAUCGGGUGAUGUUAUGGCUUAGUUCGGGUGGCAAGGUCGCUCCUGGCGGGAAGUAUCAAGGAAGAGGAUAUGUGCCGGAGGAGCUUGGCCCGGCCGAGUUCGAGAAGAUGGGUAGAGAGGAGGUAUUAAAACAGGCAGAAGCUAUGAAGGAGCUUUCGAUCGAAGAGAAAGAUGGGGCGACAGGAGGAUGUCCAAUGGGGUUUGGAUUCUGAUCAAGUAUGAUGAUGACUUAUGUUUACUUGAGAUGUUUUUACUACCAUGGGUUUGACAUUCAAAAUUGAUAAAUUCUGAGCCAAACACAUCCU